UAGUUCGAUUGUGCUGUUGGCAGUUUGGUCGAGCCUGGUCAGCAGGGGAAGGCAAUGGCGGUGGAGGUGCACGGAAAUUGGAAGCAGAUUUUACGUAACAAAAACACAAAUCAGUUGAUUUUAAACACAAAACAAAAGACCAGCAUGCCAGCGAGGACGCCGCUCUGAACAGGACCAAUGACAUGGCUACAGGUGAAAAGCCCUCCUCCUCCUCCUCCUCCACGUUGGACCUGAGCGGGGAGCCCCUGCAGUCUCCUAGCAGCCCCCUCCAGCUCACCCACUUCAAACCCCUCACUCCCGAGCAGGAGGAGCCCCCCCUCAAAUCCGCGUACAGCUCCUUUGUCAGCCUCUUCCGCUUCAGCAGAGAUGAGGCCAGACCUGCCGCUGCUCCAGAGAAAAGCGAAGUUCAUCCAGACUACCACCAGGGGGCGAGGGAGUCCUGUUCUAGUACAAAUCACACAAGCAGGGCCCAGUCUGUAAGGAGGUCAAUGCAGAACAAACAGCAUUCCACAGACAGCCAGAGACGAAGCUCCACAGUGUCAGAGGGCCGCAGGAAGGCGGAGCCGCCCCUGGGAGGUCAUGACCCCCGUACAGCAGUGCAGCUGCGCAGCAUCAGCACGGUGCUGAAGCGGCUGAAGGAGAUCAUGGAGGGGAGGAGCCAGGACAGUGACCUGAAGCAGUACUGGAUGCCGGACAGCCAGUGUAAAGAGUGCUACGACUGCAGUGAGAAAUUCACCACGUUCAGAAGGAGGCAUCACUGCCGGCUCUGCGGACAGAUCUUCUGUAGCCGCUGCUGUAACCAGGAGAUCCCUGGCAAAUUCAUGGGAUAUACAGGGGAUCUCCGGGCCUGCACCUACUGUCGUAAGAUAGCGCUGAGCUAUGCGCACUCUGCUGACAGCAGCUCCAUCGGGGAGGAUCUGAGCGCUCUGUCUGACGCCACCUGCGCCGUGUCCGCGCUGGAACCCAGCGAGCCACGCACCCCCAUCGGGGGCAGGAAGGCCAGUCGCAAUAUCUUCCUGGAGGAGGAUCUGGCCUGGCAGAGUUUAAUUUGCCAGGACUCCCAGCCCAACAGCCUGGCGACUCGGCUGGCCAGCAUGCAGGAGGAUGUGGGGAAGUCUCCAGCACGGAAGAGGUCUGCCAGCAUUACCAACCUGUCCCUGGACCGCUCGGGCACCUCCAUGCUGCCCUACGAGAGCUCCAUCAGCCCCCAGACCAGCCGCGCUUGCAUCAAGGGAGAUGCCAGUGAGGAGGAGAGGAAGAUCCUGCUGGAUUCCGUGCAGCUGAAGGACCUGUGGAAGAAGAUUUGCCACCACAGCACCGGCAUGGAGUUCCAGGACCACCGCUAUUGGCUGCGCACCUACCCCAACUGCAUUGUGGGCAAGGAGCUGGUGAACUGGCUGUUGAGGAACGGGCACAUCUCAACAAGAGCCCAGGCUAUUGCGAUUGGUCAGGCGCUGGCGGAUGGGCGAUGGCUGGACUGUGUCACUCAUCAUGAUCAGCUGUUUAGGGAUGAAUAUGUCCUUUACCGCCCCCUGCAGAGCACAGAGUUUUCCGAGACUCCGUCUCCAGACAGCGAUUCAGUGAACUCCCUGGAGGGCCACUCGGAGCCCUCCUGGUUUAAAGACAUCAAGUUUGACGACAGCGACACGGAGCAGAUUGCAGACGAGGGCGAAGACAACAUGCCAAACUCUGCCAGUCCAAGCAAACGGACCUCAGUUAGCAGUUUCCAGUCUGCAGUGGACAGUGACUCUGCUGCAUCUAUAAGUCUGAAUGUGGAGAUGGAUAAUGUAAACUUCCACAUCAAGAAGCAGUCCAAGUACCCUCACGUGCCCCCCUACCCCGCUGAGCAGAAAGAGUUCUUGGUUUCGGAGGAUGGAGGACAGCACAUGAUCUCCAUCAGUGACGCUUUCAUCAGAGAGUCCCUGUUUAACAGACGGGUGGAGGAGAAGACCAAGGAGCUGCUGUUCACUCCCCUGGGCUGGCACCACAGCUCUCUGGAGCAGCUGAGAGAGGAGAAUGGAGAGAAGCAAGCCAUGGAGAGGCUGCUCUCUGCCAACCACAGCCACAUGAUGGCGCUGCUGCAGCAGCUGCUGUACAGCGAGUCCCUGUCCCUGUCCUGGAGAGACAUCAUAGUCCCGGUGGUGAGACAGGUGGUCCAGACAGUGCGUCCCGAUGUCAGGAAUAACGAUGACGACAUGGACAUCCGCCAGUGUGUCCACGUCAAGAAGAUUCCCGGAGGGAAGAAAUUUGACUCUGCAGUUGUAAAUGGUUUUGUUUGCACCAAAAACAUAGCUCAUAAGAAGAUGAAUUCCCACAUUAAAACCCCGAAGAUUCUGCUGCUGAAGUGCUCUAUUGAGUACCUUUACCGUGAGGAGACCAAGUUCACCUGCAUCGACCCCAUAGUGCUGCAGGUGAGUGAUCACAUCGACCCCAUAGUGCUGCAGGUGAGUGAUCACAUCGACCCCAUAGUGCUGCAGGUGAGUGAUCACAUCGACCCCAUAGUGCUGCAGGUGAGUGAUCUCAUCGACCCCAUAGUGCUGCAGGUGAGUGAUCACAUCGACCCCAUAGUGCUGCAGGUGAGUGAUCUCAUCGACCCCAUAGUGCUGCAGGUGAGUGAUCUCAUCGACCCCAUAGUGCUGCAGGUGAGUGAUCUCAUCGACCCCAUAGUGCUGCAGGUGAGUGAUCACAUCGACCCCAUAGUGCUGCAGGUGAGUGAUCACAUCGACCCCAUAGUGCUGCAGGUGAGUGAUCACAUCGACCCCAUAGUGCUGCAGGUGAGUGAUCACAUCGACCCCAUAGUGCUGCAGGUGAGUGAUCACAUCGACCCCAUAGUGCUGCAGGUGAGUGAUCACAUCGACCCCAUAGUGCUGCAGGUGAGUGAUCACAUCGACCCCAUAGUGCUGCAGGUGAGUGAUCUCAUCGACCCCAUAGUGCUGCAGGUGAGUGAUCACAUCGACCCCAUAGUGCUGCAGGUGAGUGAUCACAUCGACCCCAUAGUGCUGCAGGUGAGUGAUCACAUCGACCCCAUAGUGCUGCAGGUGAGUGAUCUCAUCGACCCCAUAGUGCUGCAGGUGAGUGAUCACAUCGACCCCAUAGUGCUGCAGGUGAGUGAUCACAUCGACCCCAUAGUGCUGCAGGUGAGUGAUCACAUCGACCCCAUAGUGCUGCAGGUGAGUGAUCACAUCGACCCCAUAGUGCUGCAGGAACGGGAGUUCUUGAAGAACUACGUGCAGAGAAUUGUGGACGUUCGUCCUGAUUUGGUGUUGGUGGAGAAGACUGUGUCGAGGAUAGCCCAGGACAUGCUGCUGGAGCACGGCAUCACCUUGGUUAUCAAUGUGAAGCCUCAAGUCUUGGACCGGGUGAGCCGCAUGACUCAAGGUGACUUAGUGAUGUCCAUGGAUCAGCUUCUAACGAAGCCUCGCUUGGGAACCUGCCACAAGUUCUAUAUGCACUCAUUCCAGCUGGCCAGUGAUCAAUCGAAGACCCUGAUGUUCUUUGAGGGCUGCCCUCUGCACUUAGGAUGCACCAUCAAACUGAGGGGGGCCUCGGAGUACGAACUAGCCAGGGUGAAGGAUAUCAUCAUCUUCAUGAUUUGCGUGGCCUAUCACUCCCAGCUGGAGAUCUCCUUCCUCAUGGACGAGUUUGCCAUGCCCCCCAGCUUGGCCAAGAGUGGCUCGUUCCAUUCCCUCAUCGAAGGCGGGGAGGCCGAGGCAGGCAAACUGGACCUCUUCCAGGGGGCUGACGUCAGCACUGUCCUCAAAGAGCUGGACUUCGCGCCAGAAAAGCUGCCCGCAAUUUCAGAGUCUGUGUCCAGGGAGGUGGUGGGCCAGUUUGUAGAGAACGGGCUACUCGAUGAGAAGGUUCCCCCUGGUGAUGAGAAGGUCCCUGAGAAAUUAGAUGAUGCAAAGAUAGACAGUCCCGAAAUGGGGCCCCUGCACAGACCAACCCUUUCCUUCUCCUCCUCCUCCUCCUCCUCCUCCUCCUCCUCCCUGCCGCCAGCAGUAGUGCUGCCACCGUUUCUGGUGGAUGACGCUGAAGACAACAUCAGUCAGGACAGCAGGUUGAGCGAAGCAAGCACCCUUUAUGAAGGACAGUGUGACGGGCCUGCGGGACUGCAGGCAGCUCCGAGGCUGUUCAGGGACCCCCUUCAGGACGACACAGGGAUGUACAUCACAGAGCUGGUGACCUCCUCCGAGGACAGGCUGAAGUCUCACUCGGUGGCCUUCAAGCAAGAGCUGAAGGAUGUCAUCCUCUGCAUCUCGCCUUUCAUCUCGUUCAAGGAGCCCUUCCUCCUGACACAGAAAGGGAUGAGGUGCCCCAGCCGAGACUACUUCCACGAGCAAGUCUACCUCUCGCCUCUCGUCAGCAAGGAGUUCAAGGAGCAGGACAGCAGGAGGAAACGUCAGCUUCUGAAGGAGGUGCCGGCUUCUCAGCCCUCAAAUGGGAGCGUGCCUGGCAGGUCUACCCAGGUCCUCCCCUCCCACGAGCUCACCAACACCCGGAUCGCAGAUCACCUCAGCAGCAGCCAGGGCCUGUCCAGGAUGCUGGCGGACUUCAGGGCUCGGGGCGGGAGGAUCAGACAGAAGGACGUUGACCCCUUUGCACAGAGCAAAGAGGCCUCUGGGAAGACUGGGACCAAGAGUGAGAGUGAGGAUGAUCGGGGCCAUGUGCAGAAUGAGAUAGCCUGGGGGUCCAAGAUUGACUGUCUGAACCCUGCAAACCACCAGAGGCUUUGUGUUCUCUUCAGCAGCUCCUCGACUCAGUCGAGCAAUGCACCUAAUCCCUGUGUCAGCCCUUGGAUUGUUACGAUGGAGUUCUAUGGGAAGAACGAUCUUACACUUGGGAUAUUUCUGGAACGGUAUUGCUUCAGCAGGCCCUCGUACCAGUGCCCCAGCAUGCUCUGCGAGACUCCCAUGGUGCAUCACAUCCGGCGCUUUGUCCACGGGAGCGGGUGCGUGCAGAUCGUGCUCAAGGAGCUGGACUCGCCUGUGCCGGGAUACCAGCACACCAUCCUCACGUACUCCUGGUGCAGGAUCUGCAAACAGGUCACACCGGUGGUCCCCCUCUCCAAUGAUUCAUGGUCCAUGUCAUUUGCAAAGUACCUGGAGCUGCGUUUUUACGGGCACCAGUACAGUCGCAGAGCCAACGCCGAGCCCUGCGGGCACUCCAUCCACAACGACUACCACCAGUACUUCUCCUAUAACCAGAUGGUGGCGUCCUUCAGUUACACUCCUAUCCGGCUGUUUGAAGUCUGCCUCCCUCCACCCAAAAUUUACAUGACGCAGCAGACCCCUUCGAAAGGCAGCCUCUUUCAGGACCUUAAAGACUUCUCCCAAAAAGUAUCCCAGGUGUACCUGGCUAUAGACGACCGGCUCACCUCGCUCAAGACAGACACUUUCAACAAAACCAGGGAGGAGAAGAUGGAAGACUUGUUUGCACAGAAAGAGAUGGAGGAGGUGGAAAUCCGGAACUGGAUUGAGAAGCUGCAGGCCAGGCUGCAGUCCUUUUUGGACACCCCCCAGCAGCUGCAGGCAGCGCUCGAGUCCAUCAUCGUGAAGAAGCAGAGCCUGUGUGAGAUGCUGCAGUCCUGGAACAAUAGGCUGCAGGAUCUUUUCCAGCAAGAGAAGGGAAGAAAGCGUCCAUCUGUCCCCGCGAGCCCCGGGAGACACAGGCAGGCUGAGGAAAACAAGACCAGCGUACUGGAUUCCUCCCCACGCAAUGCCUCCCCUGUCGUACAGAAUGGGGAUAAAGAGGAUCGGUAUCUUAGCAACAUGCCCUCAAGCUCCACCCUGCUCCAGCUGCCUUCUCCACCAGAGGGAGCCGUGGAGCCACUCUCUUCUGGGCCGUCCUUCCCCAACACCUCAUCCACCAGUGACCAGGAUUCAAGCAGCAUAACUGAAGAUGUUUUUGAUGGGCAUUUGCUGAGCUCGACAGACGGUCAAGUCAAGGAGAAAUCCACCAUGAAAGCUAUUUUUGCAAACCUGCUUCCCGGUAACAGCUACAACCCCAUCCCAUUCCCAUUCGAGCCGGACAAGCACUAUCUGAUGUACGAACACGAGCGGGUUCCCAUCGCAGUGUGUGAGAAAGAGCCCAGCUCCAUCAUUGCCUUUGCACUCAGCUGCAAGGAGUACAAGACUGCCUUGGAGGAACUGUCCGUGAAGGGCACAGGAGAGGAAGGACCGCCUCCACUUCACAGCACCACGGAAAGCAGAGCCAAAACCAGCAGCCCUGCCCGGCAGACUGAGAUUAUAACAGCCCAGCUCAAUCGCACCACUGACUCCGACAUGCCUAAAGAGGCAGAUGGGAGUGACAAACAUAAGAAACAGCUUGGCAAUCCCCACAUCGAGCUCCAGUUUUCAGACGCCAAUGCGAAGUUCUACUGCCGGAUCUACUAUGCGGAGGAGUUCCACAAAAUGCGGGCAGAGAUCAUGGAAAGCAGAGCGGACGAUUUUAUCCGCUCCCUGGCCCACUGUGUCAACUGGCAGGCUCGCGGAGGCAAAUCUGGUGCUGUCUUCUAUGCCACUGAGGAUGACCGGUUUAUCCUGAAGCAGAUGCCUCGGCUGGAAAUUCAGUCUUUCCUAGACUUUGCUCCACAUUAUUUCACCUACAUUACUGGAGCCGUGCAGCAGAAGAGACCCACAGCUCUGGCUAAGAUUCUGGGCGUCUAUCGGAUCGGCUAUAAAAAUUCUCAGAACAACACAGAAAAGAAGUUGGAUCUGCUGGUCAUGGAGAAUCUUUUCUAUGGCCGUAAAAUGUCUCAGGUGUUUGAUCUGAAGGGCUCCCUGCGGAACCGCAAUGUGAAGACGGACACUGGGAAGGAGAGCUGUGAAGUGGUGCUGCUGGAUGAGAACCUGCUGAAGCUGAUGCGGGACAGCCCACUCUAUAUCCGCUCCCACUGCAAGUCUGUGCUCCGCGCCUCCAUUCACAGCGACGCCUACUUCCUCUCCAGCCACCUGAUCAUCGACUACUCCCUGCUGGUGGGGCGGGACGACUCCACGGACGAGCUGGUCGUGGGCAUCAUUGAUUAUAUCCGGACAUUUACGUGGGACAAGAAGCUUGAAAUGGUUGUAAAGUCCACAGGAAUCCUCGGUGGACAAGGUAAAAUGCCAACUGUAGUGUCCCCAGAGCUGUACAGGACUCGGUUCUGUGAAGCAAUGGACAAGUACUUCCUAAUGGUACCGGAUCAUUGGACUGGUCUGGGCAUCAACUGUUGAUAGAGGAACAGUAUUUUCUUUUUUAAACAAACUUCCAGAAUUCCUUUUUUGAUUUGCAAAAAAUAUAUAUAUAUAUAUUUUUUUUUGUUCUUUGCAUUUAAGAAACCAAGUAGAAAAAAAAAUAAAGCAAAUAAAUGGAAAUGUCUUUAAAAGCUGUAAGUGGAUUCCGUAUUGUAGAAGUGGAAGACAUUAUGAAUUGGGAGAAUCUGCUGUGAGAAGUCUGCAGUGUGGUUCACACUUUCUUUAUCAUUAUCAAGCGUGUAGUUGGCUUGCUGGUCUGGGCUGAAGAGAGCUGUUCCUUUAUUCUCUUCUCAACAUGGUUUUGGAUGAAAGAAGCACAUGAAAGUGAGGCAUGACAUCGUAUGGACCAGUCUUGUCUGGAGCGCACAGUCAUGCCGUCUGACAUUUAGUUGCUUUUGGAUACAGCUAUACACAGAUUUUAUAAUGAGGGCAUGCUUUCUUUCUUGUGUUAUCAUGAGCAAUCAGUGCUUCUCUGCAUUAGGGAAUGUUACAUGCUGUACCAUACUGUCUAUAGCACUGCCAGUUAUCCAGUACCCAGUACAUUAUAAAAGACACAAGGCUUUUUAACUGUGGAGAGGUAACCUCAGAAACAUUUUUCACAUUAUUGCCAGUCUACAAAAAGUUACCACCGCAACCCGAGUGUUCAGUCUCGUGUGUUUAGUGCAGGUGAACAGUGGGUUGAGUUAGCAGUGAGGUGUGCAGUACUGUCCAUGAUUAACUCCAGCUCUCUGACUCUUCAGAACAUGUUUAUUCGUGGUGUGAACUUCCUACAGUAAAGUAUAAACGUGGUCAGAUGUUUGAUGCAACAAUACUUUUAACUAGAACAGCACUUUUCUAUUUUCAGUGUCUUCUCUAUUGCAGCGCUAUAUCCACUGGCCAGUUGUAACCCGGUAAAGCUUAGAUUGUGUAGAUCAUGACUUUGGGCUGACUGGCAAGGUUUGACUCUUUCAGAGGGCGUGGCAGGCUGUCAUUAACCGCUUUGGUUAAACAUGAAUCUUUGUCUGUUUUAAAUACAAUAGUGCUGGCACACGGCCAUGGCUUCCUACGUUGAUGAGUGUAGGUGCUUCUAAACUGUUGAAACAGCUUCUCAAGUGGCUGUGUGCUAGAUCCUUGUUCAGAACAGGAGGGGGUGGAAACUGCCUUUCCCUCGCCAUUAACUGAUGUCAAAAGCAUGGUAGGCUUUAAUAAGAACCAUGUAUUUACAUCCCUUCCUCUUAGUUUACCCAUUUUAAAACAUGUGCUUUUAUAAGAAAUGAAAAAAAUUCUUCAUGGUGCUAAACAAGGACAGUAGUCUUAACCACAUUUGACCCGUAAAGAUAAUAAAACACCUGUGACUGGUUCAUAUAAACUGUCCUUAAGUUAACAGUUCAGAUUUUUGCCUGCACUGAUUUAUAUUGAAAUCUUGUGUUUUUUAGAUGACUUUGUGGAUAGUAAUCAUGAUGUAUACAGUUUGGAGACUGUGUCAAUAUGCAAAUCAUUCUUUUUCUUUUUAAACCUGGAUUGUUCAAAUACUAGGAUGUAACACCUAGGGAGAUUCUAACUGUCGAACACUGAGGAGCACUAAUAUAUAAUAAUGUACAUAAUAGUCAAGCUGGAUGAUGAUGUUAUAGAAUUGUUGUGAUCUUUACCUCCUCAUCUCCAAGAUGUAUUGUUUUAAAAAGAGAAUCUAAUAAAAUAUUAAGCACAUGUUA